AUAAAAGCUCUUCAAUAGCACAGCCCUUCAGUUUAUCUAUCGGCGUUUCUCCCUUACGUUGAAAUUCCCUCUCUCAAGAAUCAAGCUUUUAACAUGGGAGUGAGUGAGAUUUAAUUGAGAAGGUUGUGGGAUUCUGAUGUAAAAUGGGCAAUUGGAGAAACCGUCGACCGCGUAGAUUUUUCUACGAACAAUAUAUAGAUCCGGCAUCAUCUUACUACGACCCGGAAGAACCUACUCCUAAUCCUGAGUUUGCUGAAGAUGGUGUGCCUUCAUGGGAGAAGAAGUUCUGUUCUUUGAUCGGAUCAGUACCAUGGAAGAAGGUAGUAAAUGUUAAGAAGUUUAUGUACUGCCAUGGUAGUGUACUCAACUGGGAUGAUUCAGCUGGAGAAGAGGCAUUUCAAAAUGCGAAAAAGCGAUUUUGGGCAGAGAUCAAUGGCCUUACUUCUGAAAUCUCUCUCCCCAAUCCAGAUAAGUACAUUGACAAGAUAAACUGGAAUCCUGAUAUUGAUCCUGAAUUGAUAAAGGACUUGGAGUGUUCAUUUUUUGCUCCUGAAGAAGGUGAAAAAGAUGGCAAACUAGAUUGCAAAAGCAAAAAGUUUAGAAACUCUGUGGCUGUUCCUUCAGAAGCAUGGAACAGGAAUUCUGGUGAAAUUAGAACUUCUUGGGAAUGUAACUAUAAUAUGCAAAGUAGUGUAGCUUUGAAAGGUGAAGGACAGUGCUGGAACCAGUGGCAUAUGAGUACAGAUAAUUCAACUAAUUUAAAUAAUGGUGAUAACCCAUGGGACCAUUGCUCUGCACAGGGAAAUGAAGGUGAAAAGAGCAACACAUGGGGAGAUGGUGAUAAUAAAUUAUGGGGAUGGAAUAAUGUAAACCAUAUCAAACAGCAAAUGGAUUGGGAUAAUAACAAUGUAAAGAAUGAUGAUAACCCCUGGGAGUGCAACUUUUCUCAGGGAAAUGAAGAUGUGAAAGGCAACACGUGGGGAGAUUGCAGUGAUAAAGUAUGGGGAUGGAGCCAUGGUAGAAACCAAUUCAAUCGAUCAAAGGACUGGGAUAGUGGUCCUUGGAAGCGCAGCAGUCAAGGCGUUGUGCAGGUGAAGGAGAAAAUACAAGGCUAUCAUUAUUGGGAUAAUAAUCUGCAGCAGCCAGGGAGUUCUUGGAGAAGCAACUCUACUCAGGGCAGUGGAAGUUGGAAAGAUAGACAAUGGAAAGGUUGGAAACGCUGGGACAAUCACUACAGAGAGCCUAAAGGAUUGGAACUUGGACAAGUGGGUGGUGGCUGGGGAACCUCAAAUGAUGGAAACCGGAAGAGAGAAGGCACCCAUCAAUGUUUAACAGGUAACAAACAGACAAGGUUUCAAGGGAAUGGUUACCAAACAGGUCACAGACGGAGGGGAUAAGCUACUAAGAAGGUUAGUGUUGCUUUAGUAAGCAGUGUUGUAGAAUUGGCCUUCUGUUCAGGGAUAAUAGAUGCAUAGCUGAAACGUCUCAGCAUUAAAUGAAGCAGUGUUUUGCAGAUGCCAACGAGCUUCCUUCCUUCUUCUUAUUCUUCUUCCUUUUUUUUCUUUUUUUUUUUUUGGUCUUAUGACGAUGUUCGUCCUGUACAAUUCAUACCACACCAGAACAAGAACGAACAACAUGAUUAACUCUCAGUGUUCAGAAAGGAUACACAAAACUUUUUACUUGUAUUGUCUCUACUCUGUGAUAGAAAUACAUUCUUUAUGAGUGCAGUUUAUUUAUUUUA